AUGUCCACCCCCGAGAUGGCCGCCGACGGCGUACUCCCGACGACGAACAAGCACGAGCGCCGCGCCUCGUGGAAGAAGUACGAGACCUACGACUGCGAGGUGGACCGCGCAACCGAGAUCAAGCUGCUGUCCUUCCAGCGGCCGCACAUGCACGGCUUCCGCUUGGUGUGGUUCGGCUUCUUCAUGGCCUUCGCAUCGUGGUUCGCGUUCGCGCCGCUGAUGCCGCAGAUAAAGAAGGACCUGGGCCUGACCAAGGACGAGGUGUACAACGCGAACAUCGCGUCUGUGGCGUCGACCGUGCUCAUGCGCUUCGCUGUGGGCCCUCUGUGCUGCGUGGUGCUCGCAGCUGUUCGCGAAGGAGAUUGUGGGCACGCUUGGGACGAUGUCAAAGAGCUUGCAUUGCACACCUACCGCUUGGACAUUGUCAAGGAGCUCCUGCCUUUCUUGAAACCAGGCAUGGAUAGCGCAGUGGUUGAAAGCUUGAGCGGGCGCAACCGCCACGAUGUCGUGGUCACUGGCGAGGUGGCCCGCAGUGCUUGGAGCAACGCGGUGUCAUGGGGCAAGGGUGCUGCCCAGGCCAUGGUGCCGACCACCGUGCAGACCACCGUGCAGACGACUCAGGUCACCAGUACCGUCACCUCGCGAACGUUCACAUCCAUCACUUUGACCACGACCGUGAGCACGUUACCACCCGACAUGCCGACCACAAUGCAGCCGCUGUGGGCGUUGCCGCCGACGAGGUUGCCAGGGGGAGCUUCGGGAAGCGAGCCGGAUGGCGUCGAGGCCACGGUGGGCUUCGAGGUUCCUCCAACCUCGGUCGAGCAGCUUGGCUCCGUUCAGGGGCAGCAAGCUGUGCAGGCGAGCAUUGCGGCCCUGCUGCAAGUGGACCGCAUCAAGGCGCCGGGCGGCACGCGGGAUUGA